AUGCAUAAACAAGGGCCCCCUGCUGCAGCCGACAGCCACCACGGAGCCGUUGGUGCAACACCGGCGAUACGCGAAGGAUCGAUGGAGAGCAGCAGCAGCAGCAGCAGCAGCAGCAGCAGCAGCAACAGCAGCAGCAGCAGCAGCAGCAAUGCAACACCGGCGAUACGCGAAGGAUCGAUGGAGAGCAGCAGCAGCAGCAGCAGCAGCAGCAGCAGCAACAGCAGCAGCAGCAGCAGCAGCAGCAACAGAAGCAUCAACGAAAACAUACACAACAAGCCUACAGCAGCAGCAGCAGCAGCAGCAGCUGCAGCAGCAGCUGAGCAGCUGGAGGUCUCCUCUGCGGUGUCAGCUGCUGCUGCUGGGGGGGACGCGGGGGGAAGGAAACGCAGCUUUGCUGCAGCUCUCAAUCCGUCUGCUGCUGCGCAGCAGCCGCUGCCGGCUGACCCUCAGACAGCAGCAGCAGCAGCAGCAGCUGCAGCAGCAGCAGCAGAAGGAAAAAGAAUAAAGACAACUACUCGUUCUGUGUUUUCUCCCUCUAUACAUGUCAAUGCACUGCAGCAACACGCAGCGGAGAUAAACGAAUAUGAAGACAGAUUCAACAGCAACGAGCAGCAGCAGCAGCAGCAGCAGCAGCAGCAGCAAGUAGUGCCUGCUGCAGCAGCUGAACCCGGUAAGGCUUGA